AUGCGCAAUUCUAUUACUUCUACUUGUAGAAUACCUCAAAUUUCAGAUAGAGAAUAAAGAGUGGAAAUAGUGAAAGGAUUUUAAUAUUAUAGUGGGUAAGGUUAAAUUUAGGGUAAUUUUGACUAAUUUGGAAAUAGAUAUUGUAUAUCAGGUUGGAUUAAAAUCGACAUCGCUUCAAUUAAUUAUUAUUCAAAAAUGCCAGUUAUUAGGAUCACUGCCUUUAAAAACUAUGGUAGCGGCAAGAAUAUAGGUGAUGAGUUGAUGAAAUUGGAGAUUGAAGUAAAUAAAAAUACCCCAGAUAAAACUCAAUACAUUAUAACAAAUAACUUCUAUGGAUUACCUUUAUAAAGUUUAUAGAGUUAAUAUCCAGAUUUAAAUCCAGUUUUAAAUCUAAUCUAGUGUUGUGAAUAUUAUUUAAAUGGAAUUCAGCAAUGGCAUUUUAUAUAAUACGAAUAUGGUAGGCAGUAAAGCCGUGAUAAAAAUUUGCUUUAGAUUCAAUUUUCUAAUGAAUUAGGAUUGCAAUCAUUUCCAAUAGGAUCAAAUAAAUAUUAAUCUUCAUUUACAAAUUCUAAAUUUUAUUAUGUUUUUGGAGGAGAUUACUUUUCUAGCAACAUGCUUUAGGCUUGGGUGAGUGAUUUUAAAUUUGAAUUUAAUUACUAAGAUGAUAGACAAUUAAUGAACAAUGUUUGUUAUUACUCUUGUAAAACUUGUAAUGGACCUUAAUAAACAAAUUGUUUAUCUUGUAUACCUGAUUCAAAUAGAGUAUACAUACCUGAAGAAAAUAAGUGUUUAUGUUAAUAAGGCUACAUUGAUUAUGAUGGAUAAGUACAAUGUAUGAAAUUUGAAUAUAGAUUUCCUACAAUUUCAUAAGAGUUUGUCUUGAAUUAAGUGAAGCAAUCUUGUUAAUUUGGUUACUUUUUAGUACAUGAAAACAAUGAAUGCAUAAAAUGCCCUUAAGACAGCAAAAAUGAUUUUUUAUGUAUUGAUUGUUUGUAAUUUCCUUUGUAUUGGUCUGAAUAAUCUAUCUGCACAAAAGAUUUAAUAAAUUAUGGAUAAACAUUGGAAAGCGCUUUUAUAUUAACAUUCAGAAACGAAAAGGAUUAUGACUUUUAUUUUAUUGAUGAUUAAAAUUAGAUGAAUCUCUAAUUAGGGUAUUUAGACUAUUGUGAUCCAGAUCGUAAAGAGUUCAAAUGUGUUUUAUCUAGAGAACAAAAUAAAGGGUAAUAUUUUUAUGUUAGAUGCAAACCUAAUUAUUAUAUAAGCAAUAACGAUUGCAACGAAGUAGAUCGAAAUUGUUUAGAAGCCUAUGAUAAUGGAGAUUGUAAAAGUUGCAUAUAAAAUAUGUAUCCUAUUAAUAAUAACUGCUAUAAUUGUCCUUUGAAUUGUUAAUCUUGCGAAUUAAACAAAUUUGAUAAGGAGGUUCAUUGUACAACUUGUUUUGAUAAAUAUACUUUACAGAAUAAAUAAUGUUAACCAUGUGGCUCAUAUUGCCAGUUAUGCCAAGACUACUUUGAUAACAAUACUCAAUAUUCAUAUCUCAAGUGUUUGAAAUGUAUAGAUGAUACUAAAUACUAUUUAUCAUUUGAUGGAGUAAAUUGCUAGGAAAAUAAAAUUGAAAAUUGCUAAUAUGCAUUUUAAUAUUUAAAAUCCGAUUAAAAAAUCAACACUCUUGAUAAAUACUUCGAACUUCAAUUCGAUUAAUAAAAUAUUAUAACAUCAUGUGCUAGAUGUGUUAAUAAUUCUAUUCUAGUGGUAUCCGAAUAAUUAUGUUUAUAUGUGAAUAAUCCUUCUUGCACCUUUGGAUAUGCUUAAACAUUAGUUUAAUGUGAUUUAUAAUUAAGUAAUCUUGCCUAUUCAAAAACAAUAGGAAAUGUUUGCACUACUUAAUAGAUUUGUUUAAUUACUACUUCUACAGUUGUGGAUGAGGUAUAAUUUACUGAAUCCUGCUCUGAAUUUUCGUCAAUUCCCUAAUGUGAAAUCUGUCUAGAAGGAAAAUUUUCAGUAUCUGACUAAUUAAAAGUUUAUAAAUGCUUGAGUUGUACAAAUGGAUAUUAUUAACAUUAAAUAGCAGGUAAAUGUUUUUCGUGUCCAUCUGAUUUAAGAUGCUUUUCAUGCUACUAAUAACAGAGAGCUGCUUAAGAUAAUUGGAAAGUAGACAUAAGGGCAUAUUAUAAAGUAUUUAUUGAAAAAGACGAUGAGCAUCCUUAUUCUGAAUAUGGUUAAAGUUAAAAUCAAGAAGAUUAUGAAAUAAAGUGUAGUCAAUGUAUUUCUGGAUAUGAAUUAAUUAAUGAUCUAUGUGUUUAGUCCUGUGCUGAAAAUUGUUUAAAAUGUUAAUUCAUAAAUGGUUAAAAUGUCUGUUUAAAAUGCAAACUUGGCCAAUAUGGUAGACAAUUAACACUGAUGGAAAAUUAAUGCAUUGAAUGCUCAUCAAAUUGUGCUUUGUGUCGGGUUAGAUCAAAUGAGGAAUUGUAACAAAUCAAUCCUUUAUUUAAAAAUCCAAAAUAUAUGAAAUAUGCUCAUUAAUGUCUAAAGAGUUAUACUGAUAACGGAUAUACAUAUGAUUAGCAGUUAGGUAUGUUUAUUAACUGUUUGGAUUAAGAUUUAGGUUGUUUUUUAUAGUAUAGUAUGAAUUUAAAUUUGUAUUGUUCAUCUUAAGAAUUUGAAAAAGAUAGAGAUGCUAUAGUUGAUGCUUUUUAAAAAUAACGUUUUUCACUUGAAAAUAUUUUAAUUGAUAAUUUGAUAUCUGGCCAAAGCUUUAGAGAAUAUGAAAACGAUCUGUUUUACUUUUAAGCAAAUGAGAAAUAUGUUAAAUCUAUCAAAAUAAAAAUCUCAAGUAAGACAAGUUAGAUAUGCAUCAUCCCAGAUGGCUCAAAAAUUUAAUAAGGCUUUAGUGAAAACAUAUUUUCUGCAAUCAAUGUUGAAUUAGAAUUCAAUUUCCUACAUGAAAUUCAAUUUAUAUACGAAAGAGUAUUUUAAAUUUUGAAUUUUAAUUCUAUUAAAAUAAGCAAUCUUAAAUUAAUACCAUAAUCUAGUGAUAAACUAAAAUAGCUAUUUUUCAUAAGUUGUUUUCCUCUCAAAAUUGAGCUAAAUAAUAUCGAAUUUACCUCUGAAAGUCCGGUUACCCAAUCAUAGAUUUAAUUUUUGAACGUUUCAUCAUUAACAAUUAAUACAUUCAUACUUAAAGGAGUCAUUCUUUAGAAUAGUGAUUUUUUCAUUACAAUCGGAUAAACUGAAUUUAAAAAGAUUAUAUAGAUCAGUGACUUUUAACUAUUAAAUUCUAAACUUAAUGGAAUUAACCUUUUACAUCUUGAUUUAGCGUACAAUGACAGUUUUAUUUUAUAAAAUUCAAUUUUCUAAGGAAACUUUUACAACUCAAGCAUUGUUAAAACUAGUGAAAAUAAAGUUAUUGGCACAGUUUUUUUGAAUUAAAUUUAAAUUGAGAGUGAUAUACAAGAGUGUCAAUCAAUUUUUAAUCUCUUUUGGUUUUAUUAUGUUAAAAUCUCAAAUUUUAUUAUAUAAAAUUCAUAGCUAUUUAACACUUCCUUAAUAAAAUUAAAUAACAAUAGCAUUUUAAGUGAAAUACUAUUUUUGAAAUGUUAAUUAAUAGAAUCGUCAAUUGGAAUAAUAAAUUCAGAAGUACUCUCUUAUAUCAAUUAAUUCUUUUUGUAAAUCUCUAAUAUUAAAUUUGAAUCUAAUAAGUAUGAGGAAACUGCUAAAUUAUUGAAGUUUCACAAAUUCAAUUUCCUCUCAUCUUAGCUUCAAAUAACAAAUAUUUCAAUAAUAAACAAUGAGAUGAUCAACGUAUCUCCAUUAUUCAAUCUACAUCUGUAAGAAUCUUCUUUAAUAUAUUUGUCUAUAGAGGAGAUUGAUAUUAAUGGAUUAAAUAUUAUAAGAGGGCAAGGGUUGAUUGACAUAAGUAUAAUUGAAACAUAAUUCAUUUAAAUAAAAUCUGCCAUUAUUACUUAGGGCUAAGAAUAUAAACUCCGUAUCCAUCAAUACUUGGAUUGCUAACUCAAAUAUAUUUAGGAAUAGUACUAUUUAUAAUCUCUCUUUAUAUAUUCUUGCUUAAAUCUGAAUAUCGACGAUAUGAUCAUCAAAGAUGUUUCAUCUAAUAAUUCGCCUAUAAUUUCAUAUCAAUCGGCCCAACUAUCUGCAGUACAAUAGUCAGAAAGCAUAAGAAUCUCUAAUUUAUAUGCUUAUAAUAAUCUUUUAUUGAUUACAGAACAGCAGUUUUCCACAAGCAUCCUAAAAAUAGAGUCUGUGUAGGUGACUACUCUCUAGAUUCAUAACUUUACAUUCAUCAAUAACAUUAUGCAUCAAUAUAUUUAGGAUAAUUUGAAGGUUUCAGCAUUAGGAUUUAACCUUGACUGCCAGCAAGCUUCAAUAAUUCUUAUGAAAUCAAAACUCUCUAAUAAUAUUGUAUUUAAUAGCACAGAUAGUUUAAUAAUGAUUAAAGCUAAGUCGUUAAUCAUAAGUGAUUGUAACUUUUUUAACAAUUCAAUUUUUGAUUAUUCAAUACUUCAACCACAUAUACUUUGGAGUUUUUCAAAAUUGGAUUAAAUUUAUUUAGAAGAUAUCUAAAAAAUCUUUCUAACUAAAUCAUCUACUGGAAAUGCUUAAUUAAUUGUAGAAGAAUUAACAAUAAUAAAUUGCAAAUUUAAAAACUCUUAAGGAUCUUAUGGAGGAGCAUUUCAAAUAAUCGCACAAAACUACUGCAGGAUUUAAUUGAGUAAAUUGAGUUUUAAUAAUAUAAUGACAUCAUUUCAAGAAGAAAACGAAUAAGGAGGAAGUAUUUUUAUCGACUCUUCAACAUCAUUAGCUUUAAAUCUAAAUAUCAAUGAUAUCAGAGCUGAUACAAUCUUUAGUAGAUAUUAGGGAGGUUUCUUGUAUUUGAAAGCAGGAUCUAAAAAUAUUAAUGUCGAGAUGGAUAAUUUAAUAUUAAAUAAUAUACAUUCUUUGUAAGGUUCAAUCGUUUAUAUAUAAUUCUAAAGUUAAUCAAGUUAUUCUAAGAAUUUAUAUAUUAAUAAUUUAGUAAUCAAAAAUUUUUAAAGAGAACUUUUAAAAUUUUUAAAUAAAUAUGAUGAUAUUAGUGCAAAUUAAGAAUAUGGCUUAAAUAAUAAUCGAACAUUGAUUUUUAUUGAAUUUGGGGAAUCAAUUAAUUUAAAAAAUGUAUAUAUUGAAAAUCUGCUUUAUGAAUCAUUUCUUUUUCUGAGUUCAUCAAGAAGAAUAAACUUAAACGAUUUAUAAAUUAUUAAUUCCAAGUUAUCAAACUUUUUAAUUCUUAUUGAAUCUAAUCAAUUUUAAUCUAGUUUAAUCAAUUUAGAUAAUAUAUUGAUCAAAAAUACUUCAGUUGGCUAAUUUGAACUUCUCCAAAAUAAUUGUUCUUCCAUUCCAAAUCAGUAAUAAUUAGCUUCAAAAACCUUUUAAUGUUUGGUUUCUGAUUCAUAGACUUCAGCACCUUUUAAGUUACAAAUGUUUCAUGAUUCCCAAUCUCCAAAUAAUUUGUGUUGGAGAAAUCUUAACAAAAAUCUAACAGAUAUGACUGAAUCAGGUCUUAUAUUACUGUCUCAACUUUACGAUGAUUAAAUAGAAGUAAAAAACCUACACAUAGCUGAAAUUAAUUGUUCCCUUUGUCAAAGAGGGUUAUUAUCAUUUUAGUAUAAAACUUCAAAUAAAAUCCAAAAAUACUCUUCUGCAUCACAUCUAUAUAUUAAAAACUCAUCAUGUGGGCAAAAAGGAUGUUUUAAUCUAAUAAAGGAUAAAUAGAAUAGAAUACUCUAUUAAUACAAUGAACAAUAAAAAUUUCUCUUAAAAUUUGAAAGCAUAAUAGCAAAUUACAUUUGUGAAAAUAAUUCAUGCAAAGAGGGUACAUGUUUAAAUGCAGAGAAUAUCACUAUUUACUUGAAGGAUUCCAAUUUCCAAUCUAAUAAUGCUUCUUAAAGAGGUGGGGCCAUUUACACAAACUCAGAGAUCUUGAUGUACAAUUGCUUGAUAUAAAAUAAUCAGGCAAAUAUAGGAGGAGGAAUUUUUCAAUAAGAAACUAUAUAGUAUCCAGCUAUUUAUAAUUAAAUUUUCAACAAUAAAGCAUAAAAUUAUGGAAAUAAUAUAAUAUCCACUCCCCAAAAAUUAGCUCUCUAAUUAAAUGCCAAUGGGAUGUUUUCGACAAUUAGAUUGAAAAAUGAAGAAAAUCUAAUCAUCGAUUAAGUUUAUGUACCGCCUUAUAAAACAGUUUAAGGGUUGAAAUCUCAAUAUUUACUUGUACCAAGUGGAUAAAGUAUUGCUAACUAUAGAUAUUUUGAUUGGAAGGAUCGAUAGUAUAUUCCAUCGAAUUAGACCUUUAGACUUAUUCCAUUAAAUUAAGAAGAUUAGAUUAUAAAAAGUUUAUCUGAUACUUUUUGUAAAAUAUAAGGUAGAAUACACAUCUUCUCUGAAAACAAAACAGAUUCUGAGAAUUUCUAAUAUAACUUUACAAAUAUUAAUUACACUUAUUUUAAUGCUUAAACUUAGGAUUAUAAUUGGGAUGAUUUAGUUAUAUAUUUAGAUAAUGAAUUACCAUCUCAUAUGUCUUUAUAACUAGAAUUUAGUUGUAAUUCAAUUUCAAUUCCUAUUUUUAAUAAAGUUGCACCGUAUAAUCUUCAAGGCAGUCACAAUAAUUAUAAAUUAAGGGUUGAAGUUAGGUCAUUGCCAUGUUAAUUUGGCGAAAUUAAGAGUAUUAUUAACUUCUCUUGCAUUCUAUGUGAUAAUAGCCUAGGAUUAUUCUCUAUAAAAUAGAAUUCUUCUAAAUGCGAGGUAAAAGAUGAUGUAUCCACAAUAAGCGUGAAUUCAUCUUAGUUAAACCUAAAAUAAGGAUUUUGGCGACCUUAUAUAGGAACAAGUAAAGUAUCCAGCUGUCUUAAUUAACUCAGUAAUUGCUUGGGAGGAUUAAUAGAGGGUGAUGAAUCAUGUUCUAGAGGACAUAUUGGAGCAUUAUGUGAACAAUGCGAUUUGUAUAAUACGAGAGGGGAUGGAGAGUUUUCUGUUGGCUCAAGGUUUGCUUGUGGUUCAUGUCAAGAAACAUAAAGAAAUACGUUAAUCAUUACAUUAGUUAGUUUUUGGACUUUAAUCUCUGUUUCAUUUCACACAGGAUAUAAUGCCAGAUUUUAAGAUAACUCAGCAAUUUUAAUGAAACUGUUAACAAAUUAUUUAUAAAUUCUGGAUACUAUAAGUACAUUCUAAAUAGACUUUUCCGAUGAGGUAUAAGGUACUUUAUCGACAAUUAGUUCCCCAUUUGAAUCUAUGAUUUACUCUUUAGAUUGCUUUUUAUCAAAUACAUUGGCAUAUGAAAUACACUAUGCAAGAAUGAUUUGGGAAUUGAUCACACCUUUCUUUUAUACUGGCUUCUUCUUUUUCAUUUACUUUGUUGCCUUCAAAUUUGGAUAUGCAAUUUUCAACAAAAGUGUCAUCACAACAACUCUCAUUUAUAUGUACAUAUUUUUAUAGCCUACUUUGAUUGGCGGAUUUAUGCUAUUGAUUUCCUUUAGGGAGAUCUCAGAUUAUAAAUGGAUUUCUGCAAAUGUAUCUUAGAGGUAUGAUACAUACAUCCAUCAAUUGUGGAUAUUUAGGUUCUGCAUACCUACACUUCUUUUAUUUUCAAUUGCUAUACCUCUUUACCUAUUAAUUGGACUUUACUAAAACAAAAAUAAGUUCCAUAAAAAAUUGGUCAGAUAGAGUUGGGGAUACUUGUACAUAGAAUAUAGAAAUAUUGCUUAUUAUUGGGAGAUAGUUAAAAUAUUUCAGAGGGAAUUGAUUAUCCUGUCUUUGACAUAUUUUGAGGAUAGUAUCCUAAUCAAAGCAAUAAUUGUGAUUUUGAUUUUAAUCCUUUACCUAGAGUUGAACAAAAAAUUUAAACCCUAUAAUGUAAAUUAUCUAAAUGAUUUGGAUUAUUUCUUAACUAACACAUGUAUAACUUCAAUUAAUUUGGGAAUUGGGUGUUACUUCUCAUAAUCUUCAGGUUCAACAGAAAUCUCAUAUAUAUUUAUCAUAAUCUUACUUUGCUUGAAUUUUUAUUCCAUUUCAUACCUGCUAUCUAAAAUUAUCAAAGAAUUUUUAAGGUAACAAAUUAAUGAUUUGGAGUAAAAACUAAAUGUACUUAAAAUGAAAGUAGCAAGAUUUCUUCCAUGUUUAAUGAAAUUUAAGACAAUUUCAAAAAUAUUAAAAAAUCACAAAGUGAAAAAAGAAAGGUAAAAAGUUGCUAAAUAAAUUAUCAUAUUGAAAAAUUAAGAAAAAUACAAUUUUUAUUAAUCUGAUCAUCAUUGUGAAUAAUUUAUAGAUUCUAGAACUAUAACUCCCAUAAUUUCAAGUUCGGAAAAGAAUCUUUGCUAACAUCGUCUGGUAAAAACUAAUUCCCUGAUCGUGUUAUAAUAAUAAAGAGUUAGUAUUCAAAUCAUUGAUUAAAAGGCUACGAUGUAAUUUAAUAUAAAUGGUAACGAUACAAUAUCUGGAAGAUAAAAUUGA